ACGCAACUGACUUUUUCUUAACUGAUAAGGUUUUAUCUCUUUUCAAAUAUAAGGCUGCGGAAAUUAUAAAUGAUAUAAAUACCCCUUCUCUCAAAUAAACGGAUAUUAACGUUCUUGACUCAUUUUGAGUGAGUGCUAUACACCGCGAGAGCGAAAGAAGCAACGAAGAAAAUGAGACACAGAGCAAUUUUCGCACUGCUCUUUGUGGCUUUGCUGUGUGCAGUCGAAACAAAACCGUGGGGGAAUUUGUUUAACAGUAAGGAGUCUGACGAAGCAUCCAAAGGCUCCAAUGAAUCUAUCCUCAACUCAGCGAACAAGGAGUCAACAGAGAACAAUUCAAACGAGUCCUUAGAAAAACCUUCGGCUGAGUCUGUGGAGAAAAAUUCUGCGUCUAACGAGUCCAAAGGAAAACCUUCAGCUGAAUCUGCAGAGAAAAAUUCAGCGUCUAACGAGUCCAAAGGAAAACCUUCAGCUGAAUCUGCAGAGAAAAAUUCAGCGUCUAACGAGUCCAAAGGAAAACCUUCAGCUGAAUCUGCAGAGAACAAUUCUGCGUCAAAUGAGUCAAACGGCAAACCCUCGACUGGGUCUGUGGAGGAAAAUUCUGCAUCCGACCGCUCUGCAGAGUCUGCUGAGAACACUGCUGACUCAAAUGAAUCCAGGGAUAAGAGGUCCAUUUCUGCAGAAUCUGCUGAAGACACCAACGUUUCCAACGACUCAAGGGACAAACGCUCUGUAGAGUCUGCUGAGGAUACCAACGCUUCCGACGAGUCCAGGGACAAGCGCUCUGUCGAGUCCGCUGAGGAUACCAACGCUUCCGACGAGUCCAGGGACAAGCGAUCUGUCGAGUCAGCUGAAGACACAAACGUUUCAGAUGAGUCCAGGGACAAACGCUCUGUAGAGUCUGCUGAGGAUACCAACGCUUCCGACGAGUCCAGGGACAAGCGCUCUGUCGAGUCCGCUGAGGAUACCAUCGCUUCCGACGAGUCCAGGGACAAACGCUCUGUCGAGUCCGCUGAGGAUACCAACGCUUCCGACGAGUCCAGGGACAAGCGAUCUGUCGAGUCAGCUGAAGACACCAACGUUUCAGAUGAGUCCAGGGACAAGCGAUCUGUCGAGUCAGCUGAAGACACAAACGUUUCAGAUGAGUCCAGGGACAAACGCUCUGUAGAGUCUGCUGAAGACACCGCCAACGUUUCCGACGAAUCCAGGGACAAGCGGUCUGUCGAGUCUGCAGAGGAUACCAACGUUUCCGACGAGUCCAGGGACAAGCGUUCUGUCGAGUCAGCUGAAGACACCAACGUUUCAGAUGAGUCCAGGGACAAACGCUCAGUAGAGUCUGCUGAGGAUACCAACGUUUCCGACGAGUCCAGGGACAAGCGGUCUGUCGAGUCUGCUGAGGAGACUGCCAAUGUUUCCGACGAGUCCAGGGACAAGCGGUCUGUCGAGUCAGCUGAAGACACCAACGUUUCCGACGAGUCCAGGGACAAGCGAUCUGUUGAAUCUGCUGAGGGCACCGCCAACGUUUCUGAUGAAUCCAGGGACAAACGCUCUGUAGAGUCUGCUGAGGAUACCAGCGCUUCCGACGAGUCCAGGGACAAGCGCUCUGUCGAGUCAGCUGAAGACACCAACGCUUCCGACGAGUCCAGGGACAAGCGAUCUGUCGAGUCAGCUGAGGACACCGCUAACGUUUCCGACGAGUCCAGGGACAAGCGGUCUGUCGAGUCUGCUGAGGAGACUGCCAAUGUUUCCGACGAGUCCAGGGACAAGCGCUCUGUGGAAUCUGCUGAAGAUAAUUCCAACAGUUCCUAAUACCAGAACAAAACACUUAUUUGGAUAUAUUCCAUCCACGAUUAUGAACCCGAGAACGUCUGCUAUUGCUAAACUGAGAAGUUAUCAAAAUAAAUGCAAUUUAAAAAUA